AUGAAAGUCACUAUUAUAUUAUUAGUUGUCUUAGCUCUUGCUAAUGCUGGUAUGGUAUAAAAGUUUCCAAUCGCAUAUGGAGGAAAAAGAAGCAUAAUGAAUGUCAUGGUUGAAGUUGAAAAUAAGAUUAAAGCCCAUUCCCCACUUGAUACAAUCAAGGGAGUUCUUGAUAACUUUAAAUCAGCUGUUGCCUCAGAAUAAGGAACACAUGAUGAAGUCUAUGGAGCUUAAAAAGCUGAAUGUGAAAGCGAAUUAGCUUAUAGAAGAGCUGAAGUUGAUGAUGCUACAGGAACACUCAAAAUUGCAAAUGGAAUUCUUAAGAGUUCUAAUAUCUUAUUAAAGAAAACUUAAGCUACACAAGGAGAGACCGAAAAUAUUCUAAAUUCUGUUUCCCUACAUAUUGAACUAAUUAGUGAUGUUAGAAAAGAGGAUACAUAAUCAUACAACAGAGGAGCAGUUACUUUUAAUGAUGCUAUAAAUGCUAUUGAUGAUGCAAUUGACCUUGGUGUUGCUUUAGUCAAAGGUGAAGCUAGCUUAAUCUAAGUUGCCGAUAUGACAACAAAGUUAAUGUUAGCAUCAGUUGCCACAAAGAUGAAUAAAGCUUUUAUGGCUCCAUUAGCUGCUUUGGCUCAAAUUACAUAAGAAGAUGAUGCUGCAGGUGCUGCUGAAAGACUUGUUUAAUUAUUAUAAACAUUAAGAAGCAAUGUAGAAGAAGCAUGGGCAUCAUACACAGCUGAAAAUACCAAUGCUUUGGCUCUUUUCACUUAACAAAAAGAUUUAUAUCUUGCUACAUAAGGAAGACUUGAAUCCUCAAAAUAAUAGUUGGCUAGCAAAGCUGAAAACUUACAAGGAGUUAUCUCAGUCUAAUCAGCAGUUGCCUAAGCUGCCACAAACAAGAAGCAAAGAAACCAAACCUUAUGGGACGAUGUUGCUGAUUUGUGUCAUAGCUUUGAUGUUGAAUAUGAAGCUGUUACAGCAGGAAGAAGAUAAGAAUUAAUUUUGGUUCAAGAAUUAGAAAGAGCUGUCUAGAGAAGAGCUGAUGAAUAAUAAUGA